AUGAUAUCUAAUUCGACGAUUUUUUCGGUCGUUGAUCAAAAUAUAUUUUUAUUUAUUAGACUCAACAUAAUCUACUCAAAUUUUAUUCUUAGAAGGCAUAGAAGCUCUUCAACCGAAUUCAGAUACAGAAACAAUAUCAAUAAUAAAAAUACAGAAACAAUAUCAAUUAAUUUAAAUACAGUUAUAGGUCAGACAAGAUCAUUAAGAUCUCAUAAAAGGUCACUACAAAUUGAAAAUACAAUACUUGAUUCUAAAAAUGCUUCUACAUCUGCAGAUUUAAUUCUAUCACCACCCAUACAUUCACCUAUAGAUAGCACAACUGAUUAUACUGAUUGGGAUGAUUUUGAUGUUAUUGACAAUAUAGCUACUGACAAAAGUUUUCUACCAGCAAGGUUGUCAUCACAGGUUAAUGAUUAUGAAUCUACUGACAACGAAAUUGAAGAAGAUGAAGAACUUAUCUUUAAUUUUUGUGAAACUGGUAAAGUACCUCAAAAGUUUAAUAGUUCUGCAACAAACACAAGAUCAGAAAUACAAGGUCCUACUGAUCCAUUUUUAUUUAAAAAAUCAGUCCUUGAUAUUUGGAAAUCUAUAUUUUCCCCCGUAAUAGACAUUAUAGUUGAAGAAUCUAAUUUGUUUACCACUCAAAAACAUGCAGUUUUGGACACCACUCCUGAAGAAAUUUGUGCGUUUAUUGGAAUACUUAUAUUUAUGGGUUACCUACUAUUAGAUUGUAUUGGUCUACAAAUCAUAAUUUUUUUCUGUCCUAGAGUAGCAAAUGUCAUGCCAUUAAUAAGAUUUUUAAAACUAUUACGUUACAUUCAUUGAAAUGACAAUCAAAUAAUGCUUCCUCGUUCAUCUGAAAGUUUUGACAAAUUAUUUAAAAUUAGACCAUUAAUUGACCACUUAAAUAAUAUUUAUAAGAUGUUAUACAAUCCUUCUCAAAAUUCAUCAGUAGAUGAGAGUAUGGUUGCAUUUACGGGCAGGUCGACAAUGAAACAAUACAUGCCCUUGAAACCAAUCAAGAGGGGAUUCAAAGUGUGGGCUAUGACCGAUUUUGCUACAGGUUACUUACUUAGUUUUGAUGUAUAUACUGGUAAAAAAAAAUCUAAUAAACCUGAAUUAGGACUGGGUGAAAAUGUAGUUUUAGAACUUAGUAAAUAUUAUACACACAAAUUCUAUCAAUUAUAUUUUGAUAAUUUUUUUACUAGUAUUCCCCUUAUGAAAAUGCUUUUAGAUAUUGAUUUGUUUGGUUGUGGUACGUUUCGCAUCAAUAAAAAAUUUUAUCCUAAGCAUUUGAUGAAAAAAGAUUCACUAUACAAACCAGGAGAAAUAGAAUUUGCUCAAAGUGAAGAUGUAAGUGUUUGUCGAUGGAAAGAUCGGGGUAAAAAACCAGUUACAGUAAUAAGCAACAUGCAUGAUGCUUCAUCUACUGAGAUAGUAAAUAGAAAAAAUAGUAAGGGUGAGAGGAUACCCAUAGAAUGUCCCAAAAGCAUAGCAGAUUACAAUAAAUUUAUGGGUGGAGUAGACCGAUUUGACCAAUACAUGGCUAGAUAUAUUUAGAUUCAAUCAUUUAUUUUAAGAUUUUAACUCUAAUAAUUGUUAUAAAUAACAUACAAUUUUUUUUUCUAGUGGAAUAAAAACAUCAAAUUGAAUUUUUAAAUGCAACAAUUAACACAAUUGAAAAUAUGACUUCAACAUCAAAUAUGAAAAGCUGAG